AUGCAACAGGAUGUGGACACCGCUUUAAACAUAAAGGAGACAUUCCCUUUGGUCUCUGAAACUUUGAAUACGGAGGACUUAUUAUUAACUCAGACCUAUCAACACGUCUUGGCUCUGGUAUUUGCUGUGAAGGAGAUUAAUGGAAAUCCCCAGAUCUUGAGCAAUGUCACUCUUGGCUUCAACAUCUAUAAUAACUAUUUUAAUCCAAAACUGACAUAUGAGGCGAUGAUGAAAAUCCUCUCCACACCAGACAGAUUCAUCCCAAACUAUAAAUGUGAUUUCCAGAACAAUCUCGUAGCAGUCAUUGGAGGUCCUAACUCAAAUGAUUUCUUCUACAUAGCAGCCAUUCUGAGUCCCUACAAGAUUGCACAGCUUGCCUACUCUUCUGCCCCAGAGAUGAAUACACAGAAUAAAGCAAUGUCCUUCCAUUGGAUGCUUCCCAACGCAGAUUAUCAAUAUUAUGGGAUUCUCCAGCUGUUACUUCAUUUCAAGUGGAUAUGGAUGGGCGUAUUUUAUAUUGACAUGGGCCGUCAGACAGAAUUAUUGCUCCGGAAGAUAUUACCUUUCCUUUCACAGCAUGGCAUCUGUUUCAGCUUCAUUGACACUUUACCUGGGGGGCUGUUGGGUAAUAUGGAUGCGCUUAUGGAAGCAGCCCGUGCUAAAUUAAACUUUGCCUGGAGCAGCAGAGCUAAUGCAGUGAUUUUUCAUGGAGAAUUUCAUGGGAUAACAUCUUUAUGGGCUUUACUUGAAUUUUCAGAAUUUUAUGAUAAGGCAGACAAAAAAGCCAAAGUAUGGAUCAUGACAGCAGAUGUGGACUUUUCAUCUGUCUUGUUUCAAAGACACUGGAGCACAGAUUUCCUCCAUGGCGCCAUAUCCCUGGCAAUCCAAUCCAAGGAAGUGUCCGGAUUUCAGGAAUUUGUUCGGAUGAGGAAUCCUUUUUUGCACAAAGCAGAUGGUUUCUUAAAAGAGAUCUGGCAACAGCUUUUCAAUUGCCUGAUUCCAAACUUUCCUAAUGAGUCCGUGGAACAGAAUAUCUGCACUGGAGCGGAGAAGCUGGAGACUCUUCCCAUGGCUGUUUUUGAAACAAGGAUGACUGCCCACAGUUACUGUGUCUACAAUGCCGUCUAUGCUGUUGCGCAUGCUUUACAAGCCCUGUACUCAUCUAUAAACAGGCAAAGAUCUUGGAAAACCCUUAAACAACAGUCAUGGAAGCUUCACCAUUUCCUGAGAGGAGUUUCAUUCAAUAACAGUGCUGGGGACAAAAUUUCCUUUGAUGAAAAUGGAGAAUUUGUAGGAAGAUUUGAUGUCAUAAACUGGGUCACUUUCCCAAACCAAUCCUUCCAUAGAGUUAAGGUGGGAACCAUAGAUCCAGACCCACUCUCACAUCACCUGCUGACCAUUAGGGAGGAUGACAUCGUCUGGCCCACUUGGUUUAAUCAGGUAUUACCUGUAUCCCUGUGUAAUGAUAACUGCCCUUCCGGUUACAGAAAGACCAAAAUAGACGACAAACCAUUUUGCUGCUAUGAUUGCGUUCCAUGUCCACGGGGAGAGAUCACAAAUCAAACAGAUAUGCACACAUGCUUCCAAUGUCCCGAUGAUCAGUAUCCUAACAAUAAGCAGGAUUUCUGCCUUCUCAAGGAAUUGACAUACCUCUCUUAUGAAGAAACAUUAGGAAGCAGUUUGGUUACAGUAUCCAUUAUCCUUUCUUUCAUCACAAUUUUUGUACUAGGAGUGUUCCUGAAGUACCACAAUACACCCAUCAUUAAGGCCAACAACCGCAGCCUCUCCUACACCCUCCUCUUCUCCCUCCUCCUCUCCUUCCUUUGUUCUCUGCUUUUUAUCGGUCGACCCAUGAAGAUCACUUGUCUCCUUCGGCAGACUGCUUUUGGGGUCAUAUUCUCAGUGGCUGUUUCUUGUAUGCUGGCCAAAACCAUCACUGUGGUUCUUGCUUUCAUGGCCACCAAACCAGGAUCCCGAAUGAGGACCUGGGUUGGGAAAAAACUAACCCUUUCCAUUGUUCUUUGUUGUUCUUUUAUUCAAAGUCUUCUUUGCAUUGUGUGGCUUGGAAUUUCUCCCCCUUUCCCAGACUUGGAUAAGCACUCCUUCAUUGCUGAAAUUGUGGUGGAAUGCAAUGAGGGGUCAGCUGUCAUGUUCUAUAGUGUCUUGUCUUUUAUGGGCUUCCUGGCUAUUGUCAGUUUUGUUGCAGCUUUCCUAUCUAGGAAGUUACCAGACACUUUCCAGGAAACCAAAUCCAUCACAUUCAGCAUGCUGGUUUUCUGCAGUGUAUGGUUGUCAUUUGUUCCUGCGUACAUUAGCACCAAAGGGAAAUACACAGUGGCUGUGGAGAUUUUCUCCAUCUUGGCCUCCAGUGCAGGACUCCUCUCCUGUGUCUUUUUCCCCAAAUGUUACAUUAUUAUAGUGAGACCUGAUCUUAACAAACGAGAGCAGUUAAUAAAAAGAGGACAUUGA